AAAAGACACGGGAGAAAGAAUGGGUCUUUGAGGGGAAGGUAGUGUAGUGUGAGUACUGUUCUACAGUUCCAUUCUCAGUUUGUGUGCUUCUCCGUCGAAUUUCAUCAAUGGAUCUUCCUCUGACUAAACCGUCCUUCAACCCCAAUAAGCAUCUCAAAGAACAAUUUGUUAGCAACUUGACCGGAUCCUCUAUGCCCGAAAUCGUGGCACUUACAGUGACUGUUCCGGUUCUGGUUCUUAUUCGUCACUCCAUCUCCUCCAUUUUCAUUACUGGUGCUUCCCCGAAGAAGAAAAAUGAUGAUGCACCUUCCGGUAAAAGGAAUUUCAAAUCAUACUUCGGCACAUUAUCUCUGGACUUUCUUGUUAUUGUUGUUCCUAUGCUCUUAUUCUUCACUGUACUUGCAAACUGGACCUAUAUCAUUGCAUGUUCGUUGACUAUCUUGACGUUACUAUAUAUUGUAACCAAGAGGUCUGGAGAUUCAUCUUGUUUUGAAGGAGAGUCCAAUUCUCUUCGGGCAUAUGUCACUUCUUACAGGGUUCUUGUGAUGAUUAUAACAAUCUUGUGCAUCUUGGCUGUUGACUUCAAAAUAUUUCCUAGAAGAUAUGCAAAGACUGAAACCUAUGGAACAAGUUUGAUGGAUCUUGGAGUUGGAGCAUUUGUCUUAGCAAAUUCACUAGUUUCUCGGCAAGCACGGAAUAUUGCAUCUGUAAGCUGGAAGACUGCAGUAGUUUCAUCUAGUCCACUGAUCCUCUUAGGAUUUUUCCGUCUUGUUACAACAACUGGUGUGGAUUAUCAGGUACAUGUCGGUGAAUAUGGUGUGCAUUGGAAUUUCUUCUUCACACUUGCUGCUGUGUCAAUCCUUUCUUCCUUUAUUAACAUUGCUCCUCAAUAUUGUGGAGUUAUUGGUUCACUUCUACUAGUAGGAUACCAGUUCUGCUUGGUGCAAGGUUUAAACCAUUACUUACUUUCUGAUGAAAGAGGAGUGGAUAUUUUAAGUCAAAACAAGGAGGGGAUUUUUAGCAUAUUUGGAUACUGGGGUAUGUACCUUUUGGGCGUUUAUUUAGGAAACUUUCUUAUCUUUGGAAGUCAUUCCUCUGGAUUUAGAAGUAGCAGAUGGGUACGGAUUAGGGUUUGGGCUCUCUCCAUUCUGUUCUGGUUAUUAACUGUACUACUGGACAGGCAUGUGGAAAGAGUUUCACGGAGAACAUGCAACCUUGCAUAUGUUACUAUGAUAUUGGCUGACAAUCUACAGUUGUUAUCAGUUCUAAUGCUGGCUGAUCUUGUUCCUGGAACGAAAACUUCAGUACUUGAAGAAGCAUUCAGUCGGAACUUACUGGCUACAUUUCUACUGGCAAAUAUUCUCACGGGGUUGGUAAACUUGUCAGUCGAUACCCUGUCUGCGUCAUCAAUCAAGGCCCUUGUUAUCUUGUUGGUCUAUGCUUAUAUUUUGUCAAUUGUAAUUGGUAUAUUAGAUUAUUUUGGUAUUAAACUAAAAUUUUGGUGAAGCAGUCUAUUGCUACGCUGUACUCUGUUCUAUUAUUGUUACCAUCUAUUUUCAAAUAAGAAUUCUUUCUUUUAACCAUCUAUUGAUUUUUUUAUAAAAAUCACAUGGCAGUUGUGGUUUAUUUGUAAAGUGAUACAUUAUGAA